AUGACCGCAAGCAAGAAACCCCGCAUUGCUGUGGUUGGCAAUACUGGCAUUGGCAAGUCGUACAUUCAGCUUGUGAUCCUAUUGUGGUGGGCGCGUCCUUCGUUGCGUCGAUUGGAUUCCACGUCGACCUUGCUCCUCUACGAGGUGUGUGUUUCGAAGGAUGAGAUCCAGCUCAGUGGCAUCACGAGAGGUCACCUGUGGGCUACAGUGUCGCCAUUGAAGGACCGGUACAAGGAAUUUUCCAAAUACAGUGCCGCCGUGAAGUACAUGGAAUGCCCUUACGAUGACGAGCUGGUGUUCAUGGCUGCCGUGAUGGAGAACGACAACGCGAGGUUUUUGAAGGCUGAAGAUAAAGCGGGAUGGAGUGAAUUGGCCGAGUUGACCUUGGAGAAACUCCAAAAAGCAUGGUUUAUCAUCGAGAAGAGGUCUGCUGGUAUGCUGGAAAUCAGUGAUCGUAUCCUCCGCAUUGCGCCCGUGUUGGACGGCGUGUUUACUGUUAAUUCGUAUACGCUAAAGCUGACGAACGAUCUUGUGGCGGAACGUUUGGGCAAUCUGAUGUUCGGCAUCGACGUGCAGCAACUCAAGAGGCAACUCAUCGCUCCCGCUGUCAAGGGGUCGAUGUCCAUUACCCUCGAAACGUUUUUCGUCAAGUAUGCCGCCGCGCACGACAUCGAACGGCGUUGGGAGGGUUGGGAAGUGGCCACGGCGAAGUUCUCUGCCAAUUCAAACGACGACCCUAAUUGGACGCCGCAAUGCGAGGCCUUCUCGUUGAACGUGAAUCAAAUCAACCGGGCCAAGAAACCAACGUAUGCCGACUUUGUGGCUGCCCCCACGUCGAUCUUUUACAUGAACGACCCUGGGUAUUCGUUUGUGGACUGUUUUUGGUACGAUGACAACAUGAAGGCGGUGCACGCAGGCCAAACGGGGCUUGAAAAGGCCGGUGUCAGUGUUCCCCAACACUAA